AUGUUUUUCUUUUCCUGAACAAGACAACAGACACGAGCAGAGCAAUCAGAAGAACAGCAAAAGCAUGAAUGGAUGAUCUCUAUCAUUUUCUCUCUCUCAAGUCUCACCCUCUUCCAUUUUAAUCAGUUAAUUCUCUGUUUAUUGUUGCAUGCUUCUCAAAGAUUGAAUCUUGAGUACAGAAUUAAAGAAAAUAUAUGAUGGGGUCAAAGUUUCCGAUGACCCAAAUGGGGACAUCACCUAGAUACACGAUUUCUACACAUACAGGUUUUUUUACAUACAAGUAUUCAAGAAGAGUAUUCUCAGAGCAAAAGUUUCCCUUCAAGUUUGUGCCACAGUCUUUGGGGGAUAAAUGGAAGCUAAAUGACAUAAGUACUGGUUCUAUUCAAGAAAGAUUGAAUGUAUUGAUGUCAAGGACCCAAAAUUUUUUGAAUGAAGUGACUUUUCCACGUGCAAAACCUGGUCAAAGUAAGAAGCCUGGUCCUGUAAAUGAUUUUGGAUUACAAUUCAUGGAAGACAUAUUUAGGAUAGAGCAGACAAUUGACCGCAGAACGCCAAGUGGGGUUCUUUCUCUAGCCGCUGUAAUUUGCAUUGAACAAUUCAGCAGGGGAUUGUGGAGGAAUGGACCCACAACAUCAAGCACGCCCACCUCUGAUCUUAACAGGGAGGGCUGUUGCCAUAUAUGCAGGAUGAAUGGAUUGACUGGGAAGAAAAUGCAGAAAAUAUUUGGAGCUCUAGUGCCUGAAUCUGUAUAUAAUGAUGCCCGUAAUUUGGUUGAAUAUUGCUGCUUUAGAUUUUUGUCUAGGGAUGGUUCUGCUAUUCAUCCUUCCCUCCAGGACCCUGCAUUCCAGAGGUUGAUAUUCAUAACCAUGGUUGCCUGGGACAAUCCUUAUACCGAUAACCUUUCCAGCAAUGCAGAGAAGACUUCUUUACAGAAUAAACUUGUCACUGAGGAGGCUUUUAUUCGUAUUGCUCCUGCAAUCUCUGGUGUGGUUGACCAUCCCACAGUGCACAAUCUUUUCAAGGCUCUUGCUGGCAACCAAGAGGGCAUUUCUGUGACCUCAUGGCUGAAUUACAUUAAUGAGUUUAUCAAAGUGCGUCAAAAACAGAUAUCGCAUCAGAUUCCAGAGUUUCCUCAACUGUCUCAGGAGAGAAUUUUAUGCACUAGUUCCAACAGUAAGCGACCUGUUUUGAAAUGGGAGAAUAAUAUGGCCUGGCCUGGCAAACUUACUCUAACAGAUAAAGCAAUCUAUUUUGAGACAGUUAGCAUACUGGGGGAGAAGAGAGCCAUGAGAUUGGAUCUUACAACUAAUGGUUUACAAGUAGAGAAGGCAAAGGUUGGGCCGUUAGGGUCUUCACUUUUUGACUCUGCUGUUUCUGUUUCCUCUGGCUCAGAGACAAAGUGGGUGCUGGAAUUCAUUGAUUUAGGAGGUGAGAUGAGGAGGGAUGUUUGGCAUGCACUUAUAAAUGAAGUCAUCACUCUACACAGGUUUAUACGUGAGUAUGGACCUGAUGAGUAUGAUGAGUCACUUUUUAAUGUAUAUGGAGCUCGCAAAGGAAGUGAUAGGGCAACAACCUCUGCUAUUAAUGGUAUUGCUAGACUCCAAGCCCUUCAAUAUUUGCGGAAGUUGCUUGACAAUCCCACCAAACUAGUUCAGUUCUCAUAUUUACAGAAUGCACCACAUGGUGACAUUGUCCUCCAAACUUUAGCUGUUAAUUACUGGGGAGGUCCACUAAUUACAGGAUUUGUAAAUACCCGCAAUCAGUCAGAAACUCGACCUUCUGAUGAAAUAGCUGAUAGCCGCAACCAUGUAUUUGACAUAGAUGGAAGUAUCUACUUGCAGAAGUGGAUGAAAUCUCCAUCUUGGGGUUCAAGUACUUCCACUAACUUUUGGAAGAACACUUCAGUAAAAGGUUUAAUAUUGAGUAAGAAUCUUGUUGUGGCUGAUUUAUCAUUCACAGAAAGAGCAGCAAAAAUAAGCAGACUAAAGUACCACGUUGUGGAGAAGACUCAAGCCACCAUUGAUGCUGCAACUCUACAAGGCAUACCCAGCAACAUUGAUCUUUUCAAGGAGCUAAUGUUUCCUUUCGCCAUGAUUGUGAAAAACUUUGAAAAGCUUAGGCAUUGGGAGGAGCCACACUUGACUAUUGCAUUUCUUGGACUCACCUAUACAAUAAUUUAUAGAAAUCUGGUGUCGUAUGUGUUUCCCAUGAUGCUGAUGAUUUUGGCAGUUGGCAUGCUCACAAUCAGGGCCCUUAAAGAGCAAGGCCGCCUAGGACGAUCUUUUGGUGAAGUCACAAUACGUGAUCAGCCCCCAUCCAAUACUAUACAAAAGAUUAUUGCUGUAAAAGAUGCCAUGCGUGAUGUUGAGGAUUUUAUGCAGCAAGUGAAUGUCUCUCUCCUCAAAAUACGUUCCAUUUUACUGUCUGGCCAUCCACAGAUAACUACUGAGAUUGCAAUGGUACUGAUAUCUUCUGCAACCAUACUCCUCAUUGUCCCGUUCAAGUACAUCUUUUCCUUUCUUGUCUUGGAUAUGUUCACAAGGGAGCUUGAGUUUCGGAGAGAAAUGGCUCGGAAGUUCAUCAAAUUUUUGAGAGAACGGUGGCAUGCAGUGCCUGCUGCCCCCGUGUCAAUUUUACCAUUCCAAAAUGAAGAAGCCAGAUCAGAAAUUUACUUGAAAGAAAUAGAGGACCAAUCAAAAUCACAAGGAAAUCAGGGCAGUGGAAAGUCCAGAAUAAACUUACCUCAAGCCGCAGAAUGUAAUAACGAAGUCUGCUCCCGAGCAUGUUAUUAUGCUGGGGUCAUCAUGGGCAAAACUAUAUGCUGCAGGACAAACCUGUUUAAACAUGGUUGAAUAAUUUGAAGACAAACAUGUAGCAGGGUUUCCAUAAGUGCCUCUGCAGCAAUACUCGUCAGUGUUAAAGACAUCACAGGCACUGCGGCAAGCAAUAACUUUGUCACCUUGCUUUGAAGCUAGCUGGGGUGGACAAUUCUUCCUCAAAUCUCCAUCACAGCCAGCAAUGCUACAGUUCCCAGUGCCAUUAACAGCUUUUACUGUCACGGGCAAGUUGAAGCCAUCUACAAGGCUAACAUCAUAGAAAUCAGGUUCACCAAGGGUAAAGUCAGCAAUUGUGGCAGGUGGGGUUCCUGGACCUGUACAGUUAAUGUUGGUACCACAAGCACCUGUUUCACAAUUGCCAUUGCCAUUCUUGUCAAAGUUGCAGCCUGUUCUAGCCCAUAUUCUUCCACUCCAUCCAACAGCAGCUGUGUGCACUUUUGAUUGGCCAGGAUUUAAUGCAUCUCCACUGAAGUUAUCACUUCCUGUUAUGGCAGGCCAUAUUGUCUCCUUGCAGUAAUUUACUAUACUUAAAGUCUUACUGCUUCCACAGGUUUCAGGUGCUGCCACCCAACAGAUCAAAUUUCUAAGAUUGUAAAAAAUAACCCUUCUUGGAAACCCUCCUUGUUGCUUUAACAAAUAAACAUUUUUCUCUAAGCAUAAACAAAUCAUCAGUCUGAGUUGCACACCCAAUAAUGGCAAAGUUUUUUUAUUCUGGUGAAAACUCUGUUAUGAGAUUGGACCACUACCACCUAUUGUAGCUACUGGGUUUUUCUCCUGAUUUAUAGACAUUCGAAUGUUGUGAAGUCGUUUUCAAACAAAUAUUAAAUGAAACAAGGAAUUAUCAAAUUAAAGUUUAAAUUUUUUUUAGUUAUAUAUGAACCUAAACAGGAAGAUUA